AUGAUUUUCAGCAAACAUAACCGUGGUGUUUCACAGAUGUCGGAAACUACACUGGGUCCUCCAUCUAGCCCCGGCCAACGGAGCCAGCUGCCCAUGCUGCAGAUGCCCGACAAGUUUCGAUAUAACCUGCUGUGCGUGUUUGGCGAGUUCGUCGGCACCUUCAUGUAUUUGCUGUUCUCUUUUGCCGGUACCCAGGUCUCCAAUACGCCUAUGGCCCCUGAUGGAUCGCCUCCGAAUACGUCCAACUUGCUGUACACUUCUCUGUGCUUCGGCUUCUCGUUGACUGUCAAUGUUUGGGCUUUCUUCCGUGUCACCGGUGGUCUUUUCAACCCUGCGGUGACGCUCGCGCUAUGCUUGACUGGUGGUAUGCCUGCGCUGCGCAGUUUAAUGGUGUUCCCAGCUCAGCUCGUUGCCGGCAUUGCCGCUGCGGGCGUGGUGAGUGCCAUGUUCCCAGGAGAACCUAACUUCAAGACUCGUCUGGGUGGUGGCACCUCCAUCGCGCAGGGUCUGUUCAUCGAGAUGUUCCUCACGGCGCAGCUGGUCUUCGUGAUUAUCAUGCUGGCUGUCGUGAAGCACAAGUCGACCUACCUGGCACCCGUUGGAAUCGGACUCGCCUUCUUCCUCUGCGAACUUGUCGGUGACUACUUCACCGGCGGCUCCCUCAACCCCGCCCGCUCCCUGGGUCCGGAUGUGAUCAACCGCCAGUUCCCUGGGUACCACUGGAUCUACUGGGUCGGCCCUCUACUCGGAUCGCUACUGGCUUCUGGCUUCUACCACCUGCUGUGCUUUGUCCGCUGGGAGAACAUCAACCCCGGCCAGGACUAUAAUGAGUGGGAGAUUAAGGCGCGCGCGGACUCUGCGAUGUCUGAUAACACUAUGACUGAUCAUGUUCAUGGCACUUAUAGUCGGACUCCUUCCAGCAGGGGUCAGACUUAUCAGCCUCCCAGCAGUGCUGGUACUUAUCAGGAUGCUCCGAAUGCUACUACUAUGGACCAGGACAGCCAGGUGCCUCAGAAGGAUCCAGUUUCUCCUGAGCAGCAGGUUUAA